AUGGGCUACAAUUUCCAACUGAAGUGUUGUGGCAGUAACAGCUCGGCGGACUGGAGGGAAGGGGCCUGGAUGCAUACCUUUGCCGACAGACGCCUGGUGCCCGACAGCUGCUGUAAGACCCCCACACAGGGCUGUGGAGUCAGAGACCACCCAUCCAACAUCUACAAAGUGGAGGGAGGCUGCAUAUCCAAACUAGAGGAGUUUAUACUUCAGCAUCUGAUUAUUUUGGGCUCAGUGGGUCUUGGGAUUGCAUUCAUUCAGAUUGUGGGGAUGAUUUUUACCUGCUGCUUGUAUCAAAGUUUGAAAGAAGAAAUAUACUGAGAAAGAAGAUACUUAUUCACACCAACACCAAAAAAGCCUUCCUGCUGUCUGCAUUA